UAGGACUUAUCAGUCAAACUGAGUUUUGACUAGCGUCUCCUCAUCUAAUUGCAUUUGCUUAGCCUUGGUUUUGACUGUGUGUGAUACAAAGAGGAGUUUGUGGCACAUUCUGCUGCUGUCAACUGUCUAAAGAUCGUUAGGAAAUCAUCCAGGGUUCUGGUCACUGGUGGAGAAGAUCACAAGGUCAAUCUUGGUCCAACGCCAUCCUGUUACCUUUCAUGCUUCUGAGGUCUUAGUUGCAGCAGGAGCUGCUAGCCAGAACAAUCGGUCUCGCAAGAGAAAAGAACUUGACAAGAAGGUAAGACACAAAUUAUAAUUUUGUAUGUUGAAAGAAAUUAUAUCUUACGUUUUUGGACAUUUCUCAUAAGUCAUUGUUGAUAUGUAUGAAGAUAAAAGGAUGUGGAGGGAUGGCACGAAAGAUAUGUUUCUUAAGACUAAAUGUUAAAGGUUGGAGUUUUUUCAAAGACAUAGACAAAGAAGUUUAUAAGGAUUUGGCUGAUGUUGAGGUGAACCCAAAUACUUGCUUCUUUUUUGUUUUUUUUGUUUUUUUUUUUAAUUUCUGGCACGGCCUUUGCUUCCUAUUUCUUCAUCGCUAUACUGAUUUCCUUCUUUCGCCUUUUCAGGUCAAGUUUGGCGAGCUAGAAGCUGAACUUUCUGAAACCAAUGUUGUUAAUGACAAGCUGCAGUGCUCUUACAAUGAACUUGUGGAGUACAAGCUCCUUCUUGACAAGGUAAUAUGACAGAGAGGUUCAUAACUAAUUUGACAGUUUUGUAGCUACUUAAAAUAUACUAUUAUAAAUGAUCUUUGGUCAGCACAAUUUUAAUGAAUGUACAUGACUUUCCGUGAAUUGUGUAUUUAAACUGUUAUCUUAAAGCGUCGGAUAUAUAUCUCAUGCAUUCAUGGAGCUGACAUUGUUAAGUAAGACAGAGCUAACCGUUGAAGUAGGUGUUAAGGGAAGCGUUGUCAGCAAAAAGGUUAACAAUAAAUAUCAUAUUAUACAAAUUGGAAGUUAGUUUCUUUGAUAUUGAAACUAAGUCAGAAACUGUUUUUGGGUUCACAGGUACUCUCUAUCGACCACCCAAAACACGGUUGCAACGUUGCAACUGGCACAUACAAAGAUCUUUUUGUCAGCAGGAGCCAUUGAUCCAACCAAAGUAAAAAUGAUCAUUACUUAAUUAAAGAUUGAAGUACUCCAUUCUGCAUCCUAACCGAGUGUUUUUCUUAGGGUUGUGAGAUGUUUCUUACAGUAUGCUUCAGCCAUAGCUAAAGCAUCUUUGAUGUCCAAGUGUGUUGUUGUCGACAUAAAGGAGCCUGACUCAGAAGCUUCUGCUGGUAACCUUUCUUAGUUCUUUUUUAUUUGAAUUUGCAGAAUUACCGGUAGAUCUGCAACCUUUUCCCUAAUAUCUCUGUUGGCCUGUAUGCUAUGGCUUUUAAGUUAGCAAUGAGAACAGAGUAAUGUUUGAGGAAGCAAAAGCCACUACCAAGUUAUUUAUUUCCUGAUGUGGAACAUAUUUUAUCAUAACCAAAUAUAUGUUUCUCUGAUGAGCUGAUCAUAUAAAUUUGUUUGUGUAGUGUGAAUCAAGAGCAAACAAAUCUUUGAAUAUGAACUCUUUUUUUUAGAACUGAGUAUGAACAUAUCUUAUUCUUUCUCUUUUUUGCAGCUUUUAGACCACGUGAUGGUGGACAAAAAGAUUUACAUGAUUUUCAAUGUGUAAUGAUCAACAGAUUUUAGUGACACAGAAAUUGGUGUUGCACAAAAAAAAAAAGCAAUUUAUGAUGCGGUAAGUAUAUUUGCGUUUAUUUUUUUACAGCAAUAGCUACUUUUACUUAUGACUGAUUUUCUAAAACCAGUUGAUCAAAUAUGAACAAGUGUCUACGUUCUCACGAGUUCAAUCCAUCUUUGGUAUGAUUUGCAGGAAGAUGAACCAAGGCCUGCUCUCAACCCCAUAUCCAAGAUAUUCAACUCGUGCACUUAAAGAUAGGAGAUCACAUGGUAGUCUUUCAAGCUAUAGAAGGGUAGAGUGGCAGACAAAAUUGCAAAGGAAGAUCUCACUUUUUUUUAGAAUAAUUCCCCUAUAUUGUAUUAUGUUGCCAAGUUGGUUGAAUAUCUUAGUGGAGAGUGAUAAUGUGUAAACUAUUGGGUUAAUGAAAAGUAUGAAGGUUGAGCCAAAAAAAGAAGAGAUUAAGAUAUUAACAUAUUAAGGAAAUAUGGAUUAGUGUUAGUUCUAAUGAUAGUUAUGCCAAGUUGAAAUAAUAUUUUUGUUGUAGCGCGCAUAUUCUUUGUAUCUUUAAAAAAAGAAAAAAUAAGCAAGUCGCACAUAUGACAAACUAACAUCAUUUAAAUUUUUUGAAGAAAAUAUUCUUGCAAAUUAAAUACCUUAAUUUAUCUAUCUCACAGAUACAAUAUUGUGAUGUUGAAAGAUUAUAGAAAUUGGUGAUAUGCGUAAGAAAUGAAACAUUUAACAAAAUAAAUAUUUGUUACAACAUAUUAUAAAUCGCAUUUUCAAAAGUAACUUAGAUUGAUAACUGUAGAGAAAGCACACAUACCAGAAAAGAGCAACAGUGCACAUAUUAGUUUUCUAUAAACUGACCAAGUUAAAUAUUAUAAUUUCAUCAUAUAAAGUAUGAACAACAUAAACAUUUCACACCAAAAGCUAUAUUUUAUAAGCAAAAGGCAAAAACGUGUCAUUAAUUAUCAUCCAAACUUCUUUCCUUCCUUUUUUUUCUAAGCAAAGAAAACGUAAACGUUGACAACAUGAACAAAAAGCAUAUGCACGGAUGUAAAGAACAUUAUGGUUUGGGAUUAGAAAUUUGGUGGCUCAUAUAAAUUAAUAAAUCUAACACACACACACACAUAUAUAUAUAUAUGUGCACGUUAUGUGAUUAAAGGAUUCUGACAUUACUAAUAUUAAUAAGGUUUACCAAAUAUAGUGUGAGUUCUUAUAUACUUUAUAGUAUAUAGUGUAAUCAGUCUAAGUAUAGAUAUAUAUAUAUAUAUAUAUAUAUACAAAUUACAAAGUAAUUUAAAUUUAACUAAAAUAUAUGGAAACAACCCGGGCGUAGCCCGGGGAAGGCUCUAGUUAAUUUAACACUAGGAUAAUACCUGCGCCUUGCGCAGGGUGAAAUAUUUAUUAAAAAAACUUAUGUUUUCAUAUUGUAAAAUCUCAUGAUUUCUGAAUACAUGUGUUUCUGGUCAAAAUAUAUUUGUAUUUAUGUUUUUUCAAUAUAGAAUAAUUAACUAAGUAUAAAUAUUUGGUACACAUAGAAAAAUAUAGAAACCCAAAUCAAACAAUUAAAAUGUGAUAUCAUUAAUAUUCCUAUAAUCAUAAAUUAAAAGUUGUGAAAAAGUUGAUGAUAUUUCCAAGGAAAACUCAACCGUAAAUAUAUAGUACGCAUAUGUAAGUUUUCGGAUGGUUUAGAAUGUUAAAAUAAUUAGCAUUAAUUAUUUAAAAACCAUAUUUUAGUGUGAUACAUUGAACCAAUAUUUAUGUAAAUUUUCAAUAACUACCACAAACAUUUUGGCAAGUUGUUUUCAAUGGUCAAAAUUAUAUACUUGGUGACAAAGUAUACUGUUAUCUUAAAUUAAACUUACCAUAUAGAACUUACUCAAAAUUUUGUACCAAGCUUAAAAAUUCGGUGGAAGAAUUAACUUUGUGAAAACGUUUCUUAUUUAUUUAAACAGGCAGUUUAUGAUUGACCCUCCUUGGGCUCAGUUGAAAUUUAAAAAAAAAAACAUUUAAGCGACCUCAAUUAUAGAUAAUUCGAAAUAAGUAGUUGUUGUCUAAUUAAACAUAUUGUAUUGACAAAUUUAAAAUUUAUAUAUGAUCGAAUUGUUUAUAUAUGUAUAUAAUUUUUGAUUGUUGAUAUAAUCAUCUAUAUGUUGGGCCGAUACAAUUGGAUAUUUUAUUUUACUAACUUAUCAGUAAAUAAAAUUUAUAAAUUUUCGAUUUUGAAGUUACACUAAUUUUCAAUAUCAGAUUUUUUUUUUUGACAACAUAAGAUGGAAAAUUAAAAUAUUAAAAAGAUAAUUACAAAUUGGAUUAAGCUUAUAAUUUAAAGUAUAGUUUGGUUAUGGGCCACAUUAAGACAACAAAAGAUUUUACAGCCCGACUAUUAUUAUAUUUAAGGGCCAAGUACAAAGAUGAUAAUAUUAUUUGUUUGCAACUGAUAUUUUGUAAAUGAUGAAAGUUAGGUUAACAUAAUAUAUAUCAUUAACUACCACGAAAGGUUACUAUUAAUGUUUUCCUAGACUACAAAAAAAAAUAAGUUAGGUGCCAAAGCUUUUUCUUAAUCUUCAAUAUAAAUUUCAUAAUUUAAGUUUUAAAGAAUUGUGUUGCAAGGAAAAAUAUUUGAUAUAUAAGUUUGUUUGGUAAUAACAAAACAACUUAAUUUAUGUAUUACUCUUUAUAUAAAUUUUUGUAGGCGAGGAAGGCGUGAGAACCGAACAAUAUUCUUUUUUUUUUCUUUUAUUAACAAAACAAUUCUGAAUAGCUGCGUUUCUUUGCUAUUUUUUAUAUCAAAAUUGGCUCUUUGAUAUUAAUAAAAAAACUAACACUUAAAAAAUCAUUACUUUUGGAUUUAUAGCAAAAGCAUGCAAUACUUAAGCCAUAAUAUAUAUAUAUAGCAAAUUUUGAUUUAAAUUGUUGUCUAAAUAAAACGAACUAAGAGUAUAUCUUCACUUUCUUAUAGAAAAAAAUAUAUUAUAUUGGAUCACAAUAUAAACCAACCUUGUGUCAUUUAAAGAAAAUCUCAUUUAGGGAGAUCACCGAGUAUUAAUUUAAUUAGAUCGUCGAGUUUUAAGUUUACCAUAGUAUAUACAUUUAUGUUUGGAUUAAUAUAAGUUUUUUUAGCAAUUGGAUUUUGGACUUACUAAUUUUUCAAUUGAUUCUUAUGAUGCUAUGUUUUUUAUAAAUAAUACAAACUUAACGUUAAAAUUUUUUUAAUAUUUUUCUAUUAAUAUAUAAGAGAUAACUUUUUAUACUAAGGAGUAAAUUUCGGCCAAUUAUUGCAUAAUGAGCAAUACAUAUAGGAAACUUUCAGUUACACUGAUAUAAUAAAAUUUUAGUUAGACACUAAUAUAGAAUAGGGAUUCAUAAAAUUGCAUAUUUUUUUUUAUUUACUUGCAUGAAAAAAUAUUAGACUUGGUAACCAAGUUUCAGAAUAACUAUGUACAUUCCUUUUAUUGAAAGUCUUAAAUAAUUAAAAUAUAAAGAUAAUUAAUUGCAUGAUUCAAGUUGCCCGAUAUAAAAUUUGACCUUGAACUACACACUCUUACAUUAAUAUAAAUAUUUCCUUUUGUGAAACCAUGAAUCCGCUAUCAUCACUAUAUUUAUUUAAGCUAUUAAAUGCAUGUGUAUAUACCCAUUAUAACAUAUAAGUUCAACAAAUCUAAAGUAAAUGUCUCUUAAAAAAAUAGAUUAUACGUUAAAUCAUAUUAAAAUCGUACAUUAAACCAACGAUCUUAAAAUGGUUAUUGGUCAAACAAACGACCCAAAAUGAGAGAAAUAAUCUACUUCUUUAAACUAUAUAAUGGCUAAAAUUGCAUCAUGUUUCACCAUUGGAAUGCAUCCAUAAUUAAGUCUUCACCAACUAAUAUAAAUUAAUUUAUAAGUUGUUGAUAUAUAUUCUAUGUUUCAUAUAUACAAUGGAAUGAGACCUUCUGAAUAUGGAAUGUGUUCCGUAAAUUUCCAGUGAAAAGCUCUGUAACAUGUUCGACUAAAUUGAAGAGCUAUAUUAUGGACAAUGGUGAUGAGAAGAACAAUAACUCAAAAAUUGUUGUUUUGUAGGUACAAAUGUAAUACAACAAAGCAAAGACAAAAAUGGCGCAAAUUAUGUACUUAUGCAUACUAUAAUCAUAAUCGUUAUCAUAAAAAAAAGAAAUCAUACAAUGUAAGACAUAUUUAUUGCGUUGUUGGACAUAUAAGUUGCAUGAUUCAAGUUAAGACAGGUUUAUUGGGAUGUAAAUAACUAUAACUAUAACUACGAUUAUGGUAGUCGGUGGAAACAUUAUUAUAUGGUAGGAAAUGAUUUUUUUCUUAGGUGAAUAAGAGCUUUGAAUAUGGUACGACCACAUUCAUUCUGUGAGUGCCACGUCGGAAUUGAAGCCUUCUAAUGAAUCCACUUCAGCAUGCUAAUUUUGUAAAUAAUACAAAAAUAAAGGUUAUCAUUUUUUAAAUGAUUCUCUUUUAAUAUAUAAGGGAUAAGCACUUGAUCUAUUUUUAAUGUAAGUUAAAUAUUAUAUUAUAAACUAUGAAAAAUAUUAUAUUAACAAUUUUGCAAUCAACAAUUCUACUGAUUUCUUGUAAAGAUAUUCUCUAUAAACGUAACUUUUGUUCAGUCAUCUAUGAAAACAUUGAUGAAUAUUCAGUAAAACCAGAAUUAGUGAACUAAAAAUGCUUCCAUAAAAGAUGACAGCUAAAUCUAUAAUUAUUGGAUGUUGUAGGACAGAAAAUUAUUUGUGUUGCCACAAAACAAGUAAAUAUUGUGUGGACAUAAGUACAGAAGUAAUUACAACUCGGACCAUUUAUAGUUUUACAUCUGAAUUUACGUUUCGUCAUAAACAUUUGAGUAAUCUCUUAUUGUCGUUUGCGACUUAAGGUAAACUAAUAAAUCUAUAUAUGGAAGCGAUGAUCGUACCAACUCAAUUAUGGCGAGACAAAACCGUGGCUUUGACUUGUUUUUGAAGUAUACCUCUGAACUAAUAUUACAGAUUCUGACGUACUUGUACUAAUAAAUUUGGUAGUAAACAUACACAGAGAUGGACUGAAUCAAAAAUAUGUUCUGAAUCAUAAAAUAUGUUUUUUAUAAGAAGAAAACUCUAUACUAAUGUAUUUGGGCCUUUUAACCCGACCCGACUCGAUUUUUUUACGUGAAAUUAUUGGAUCUAGUAAAUGAAGACACGUGUGUGCUGUGUAUGUGUGAAUCUGAGAGCAUGCGCAACGGUGUAUCUUAGUGAAUCCUUAGCGCUAGAUUAUAGGUUAAUUACAUUUAAAAUAAAUGAAAAAAAGGAAAUAAGCGAAGGAUCAGUCCGUGUAGAAGGAACUUAAGGACUUAAUCCUUAGGGCAGCUGGCACGCUUUGAUUGGGUGGGGUUGUGUUUGUGUUUCGUGGUCACGGAAAAAAAAAUUCAUUCGACAGAAACGUAGAAAAAAAAACCUCUCGAAGAAACAGAAGGCGAUUUUCGAUCCAUCUCGUUCCAUCUUCUUCCCUCGAGUUCGAAGGUAAAUCGAGAGGAAUCUGUAGAUUUAUGGUAUUAGAUUAGGUUCUCUGUAGUUUUCCUGUCAAUUUAGGGUUCGUUUUGAUUUUUUAAAUCGAAUUGGGGAUUUUCGUUUCAAGUUAGGGUUUCAAAUGAUUUGGGUUUUCAAUCGCUUUGUAGAGGUUUUGGUUAGUAGUUACGGUUCCAAUACUGAAAUAGGUUUGAUUAACGAUUUGCUUUUCGGCUUUUAACCAAUGAUCCAUCUGCUUAUGUUUGCUUUCAAACGAUUAGUGAAUCGAUGAAGGGGUCUUCCCUGAUACGCGAUCCUUUCAUCUGCUUUUCUGCUUUUAGUCAAGGUUUUAUUUUCUUGUGAAACUUAAAACACGAUCAUUUGUGUGUUUACAUGAUCCUCCUCAUCUAUGCUUUGAUAAAUUUCUGUUUGGUUAGUCGUCUGAUGAGGAAUGCUCUGUGCUAGUUGUUGUUUCACUUUGGUUGUUGUAUUUUGUGCUUACAAAUUUUUAAAUUUCAGGUUAAACAAACAUGGGACAAGACUAUAGCUACACCCAGCCUUCCUCAUCAGACGAGUAUGACUUGACCUCACUUCUUGAAGCUGAAGCGGCUUUGUACGCCGAAGAAGCUGAGAGUAGCUACAACAUUGGUGAGCCUGUUCAGUGCCCACCUCAGCCGUUUCAGUACUUAUGCGGGGGACAUACAAAUGCGGAGGAGAUGCGUGCGUUUGAGACACAACUUAGUCUUCUGAAGGAUCAAGUUCGUGAGAGUGACCAGAAGCUGGCUAAGCUCGAGAAGACCCUCUGUGAUGAGUUAUGCAAGAAGACAUCAUGGGUUACAGUUCUUGGAGUUUCUUUUCUGUUGAGCCUUUUACUUUUAAUAGCUGUGAUAAUUCUUGGAGGUUAGUUUCAAACUUUCAAUCCUUGUUUAUUUUAAAUGUUAAUCUGUGGAUUUUUUUAAAAAAAAAUCUCUUGUGUUUUCAGGAACAGCUUCGAAGGAUAGUAGAAGAGUAUCUGACGUGGAGACUGUCUUUAAGGUUAGAAACAUUUAAACUGAAGCUAUGCCUCUGUUUUUUGCUUAUUUGAAAAAAAACAAAACAUUUAUACUGAAACUCUUUAUCUUAAAUGCUUACCUUCCUUAUUCAGAUUUGAUAGGAUAUUAAACGUUCUCACACUGGUACUUGUUUACUUUCUGUGUUACUAGUAGAGAACUUAUUAGAUUUGAUUGGUGGUAAAUGCUAGUUUAGAGCUUUCUAUCUGCCUAACUACUUAGUUUUGUUGGUGAUAAAUGCUAGUUUAGAGUUUUCUUUCUUCUAGCUGGCUUAUUUAAGCGCUGUGUUGCUAAUAGAGUAACACAGACAAUUAGAUAAAAUGAAUAACAGCAGUGGUUUCCGAAACCUACUGUAUAGUCAAUGUCCCAUUGAACUUGAUUCACCUGAACAAGUUUGGUUCGGUAGCCAACCACCUGAGCCUGUUGGGUCCGGUAGCCAAGCUCCUGUUGGCGAGUCUGGUGAGCCGGUUGUCGAGCCUGCUACCAAAGAGAGGAGGAAAUGGAACCAGCAAGAGGAUUUAAUACUGAUAGGUGCUUGGCUCAACACUAGUAAAGAUGCAGUUAAAAAUACUGAGCAGAAAGCUGGUGCAUUCUGGAAGAGGAUCAUCGACUACUACAAUGCAAGCCCUCUUCUGGUUGGGACAGUUCCGAGAGAGCUUACUCCAGCCAAGCAGCGGUGGGCUAGGAUUAACGCAGAUGUCUCCAAGUUCGUUGGUUGCUAUGACCAGGCUAUGAGGGAGCAGAAAAGCGGUGAAAACGAUGAUGAUCUGAUGAAAGCCGCACUAGACUACUACUUCAAGGAUCAAGGCCACAAGUUUGGCAUGGAACACGCCUGGAGGGAGCUGAGGCAUGACCAGAAAUGGUGCUCAUCAUGUAAAGACAGUGGGAAGGAUAAGCGCAAACAUGUCGUGGAGGUUGAUAUAGAUGAGGAAGAGGGCAGACCGGUCGGGGUCAAGGCAGCGAAAGCUGCUUCUAAGAAGAAGAAGAGUGGGAAAGAAGAGGAGUUGUCGCGCUUACAAACCAUCAUGGAGAUUAAACAGAAACUCUCUAACCAAAAACUUCUUGAUCGUUUAUUAGCCAAAAAAGUGCCAUUAACUGAGAUGGAAACAUCACUUAAGCUGAAGUUAAUGUCUGAAAUGUUAUGAUUUUUUUCUCUUUAAGGUAGAUACUUGUCUGUGUGUUGCUUUCCGUAAAUACUUGUCAUUGUGUUGCUAAGUCACAUGUCUUUUUGUUGAUUUGCUAAGUCACUCACGGGUCUUUUAUGUUUCAGGUUCCGCAGUAAAAGAGGAAGCAAGUCACGGGUGCCUUUGGAGUGGUGAAAGUCUUUUCUUCUGUAGCUCAUGUGAAGCAAGUCACGGGAAGUCCUUUUUGUGCUAUAAGUUUGUGUCUCGGUUUCUAUCUUGGCAUCACUUCUUCCUUCCUUUUUUUUUCCCGAUUCCAAUCUGGUCGAGAAGAAGUUGUUUUAGUUUAUUGUUGUUGUAACAUUUAGCUACUACUCCAAGUUGUAAGUUUGGCUACAACUCUAUCUUGCCAUCACUACUAUUUUUAAUCAGGUAACUUAAUCCCUUGUGUUGUCAUUUGUUUGUUUGUUGAUGAAGCUCUCUGUUAUAUAAUAAUAUGCAUAAUCAUUGUAACCUGUUAAAAGAAAUGAUCAUCACGCCUCAUGAGUUCACUACAACCAAACAUACUAAAAUAUUAAAAGAAAUGAUCAUCACGCAUUCAUUUUCAAACGUUCAUCUUCUUCUAUCUAAGUGGUGGCUUAAUAUUAUCAUUAUCUCAAAAGUUUCUGGAAAGUUAAAAACUUUUGUUAUUAUUAUCUGACCAUUUAAUAUUUUUUAGAUAAUUUUAGAUAAUUCAAUAAAAAUGUGAGAUUGGAGUAUAUGAAAGAUGAUUUUAGAUUGAAGUCGUAGAAGAAUUAUUGGACGAAAUUAUUUUCUAGAUAAUUUUAGAUAAUUCAAUUUUUAAUUAUUUUCUAGAUAUGUCAUCAUCUUCAUCUGAUGAAGUCGAUGAAAGAUUGGACGAAAUUUGUGAAGAAUACGUAGAAGAAAUAUACAACGACAUAGUGGAGGCCCAAACCAUACCGCAAAGGACACGUGCGUAUGUAGAACGACACCGCGAAGGAGGACAAGACCAAUUAUGGAAUGAUUACUUCAGCGAAGAUUCGACUUUUUCGACUCAAUUAUUCAGACGCCGUUUCCGCAUGAAUAAGGAAUUAUUCUUGCGUCUUGUUCAUGGCCUAGAAGCGUCCUUUCCAUUCUUUCAGCAAAGAAGAGAUGCAACCGGGAGGUGGAGUCUUACUGCACUACAAAAAUGUACUGCAGCUAUUCGUCUGCUCGCUUAUGGUACCGCGGCUGACACCGUUGACGAAUAUCUUCGACUUGGUGAGACCACUGCACUUUCGUGUUUACAUAAUUUUAUUGACGGAAUAAUACUGUUAUUCGGAGAAGAGUAUCUACGACGACCCACACCGGAGGAUCUUCAACGACUACUCGAUAUUGGAGAGAAACGAGGGUUUCCUGGGAUGGUCGGGAGCAUUGACUGUAUGCACUGGGAGUGGAAAAAUUGCCCAACCGCUUGGAAAGGACAAUACGCCCGUGGAUCAGGAAAACCGACAAUUGUAUUAGAGGCUGUAGCUUCCCAAGAUCUUUGGAUAUGGCACGCCUUUUUUGGUCCUCCAGGUACCUUAAACGAUAUUAAUGUCCUCGAUCGGUCUCCUGUUUUUGAUGAUAUUUUACAAGGUCGAGCUCCGAGGGUAAAGUACGUGGUCAACGGACACACGUAUAAGUUGGGGUACUACCUCACAGACGGUAUAUAUCCAAAAUGGUCAACAUUUAUCCAAUCUAUUACCCUUCCUCAAACUCCUCAACAAGAGUUAUUUGCUAAAGUUCAAGAAGCAACCCGGAAAGAUGUGGAGCGGGCUUUUGGAGUACUUCAAUCUCGAUUUGCAAUUGUGAGAAAUCCGGUCAAAACAUUGAACAAAGAAAAGAUAGGGAAGAUUAUGCGAGCAUGUAUCAUACUUCACAAUAUGAUAGUCGAAGAUAAACGGGAUGGAUACUCUCGUAUUGAUAUAUCUGAAUUUGAAGAAGGAGACGUCCCCAGAUGUUCAGAAGUGGAAUCCGAGUGGCCAACAAAUCUGAAUAAUAUCUUUCCCACUCGAAAUGAUCUUCGUGAUAGGCAAACACAUGAACGGUUGAAAACUGAUUUAAUUCAAAAUAUUUGGAAUAAAUUUGGUGAAGAAGAUUAGAAAUUAUUCUAUCUUUAUGUAAAAUUAAUGUUCUUUUCUUUAAUUGUUGUAUUUUUAUGUUUAAUUAAUGUAUUUUAUGUUUAAUUAUGGAAUUUUAUGUUUAAUUA